AUGGCGAGUGAAGGCCUUCCCAAGGGUCAGGACCUCUCUGAUCCUGAAGUACAAGAGAUCCUAGAAGGAAACGCCCGAUUCCGCCGCUUGGGCUGGAAGCGACUCACGAUCAUCUCCAUAGUCGAGGCUAUCGCUCUGGGGAGUCUAGGCCUGCCUUCAGCAUUCGCUGCUCUCGGCAUGGUGGCAGGUGUGAUCUUGACCAUUGGUCUCGGCUUUGUUGCCAUUUACGCAGGUUACAACAUCGGCGAGGUCAAACUACGUUAUCCGCAAGUUGGCCACUAUGCAGAUGUCGGUCGACUCCUGUUAGGGAACUUGGGAUCGAAGCUCUUUGUGGGCAGUUUUGUUGCUCUGCUUGUCUUCGUUAUUGGGUCACACUGCUUGACUGGCGCGAUUGCGUUUCAGAACAUCACUCAAAGCAGUUCGUGCUCCGUCAUUUUUAGCGUUGUAUCGGCUGCAAUUCUGAUGCUUCUCGCUAUCCCGCCAUCCUUUGCGGAGAUUGCGAUCCUAGGCUAUGUUGAUUUUGCUUCGAUUAUCUUGGCUAUUGGGAUUACUAUGAUUGCCACCGGUAUUCAAAGUUCAAAUGGUUCUGGUGACUUUGGGGCAGAUCACCUGCCGUGGUCCGCCUGGCCGAAACCUGGCCUCACUUUCUCGGCGGCUAUUGUAGCUACCAAUAACAUCGUGUUUGCAUAUUCCUUCGCUGGAUGUCUGCCAUCGUUUAUGGAAGAUAUGCAUACCCCCGAAGAUUACAUCAAAACGCUAUGGUGGCUAGGGGGCAUUCAGAUUGUCGUUUACACUCUUACUGGGUCAAUCAUAUACGCCUUUGUUGGACAGGGGGUGCAGUCACCUGCACUGCUAUCUGCGGGGCCCGUUGUCUCCAGGGUCGUCUUUGGCAUAGCACUUCCAGUCAUAUUUAUUUCGGGAUCUAUCAACACCACGGUUGUAUGUCGAUACAUUCAUGGAAAGAUAUACCGCGACUCAGUUGUCCGCUUCGUCAACACCACCAAAGGUUGGACUACAUGGCUCAGUCUUGUUUCCAUUGUUACAAUUCUUGCCUGGAUUAUCGCCGAAGCCAUUCCUAUUUUCUCUGAAUUGCUUUCAAUCAUUUCUUCUUUAUUUGUCUCCGGUCUUUCUUUCUAUAUCCCACCAAUCAUGUGGUACAUGCUUUUGAGAGAGGGGGCAUGGUACGAGAAACACAACCUGAAGCCUGCGAUUUUCAAUGCGGUGGUCUUUCUUGUCGGCAUGAUUAUUUUUGGAUGCGGUACCUACUCCAGCGUUGCUGAAUUGGUUAACAAAUUCCGCUCGGGCUCUGUCAGCAAACCAUUCACUUGCUCUUGA